AGAAAAAAUGGAUGGCCGAUAAAAGCAAAAGACGAAGAAGAAAGCGACGGUUAUUUAGAAGGACGAGUCGUAUCAAGGCCAAAAUAUGGAAGACCACCAUCCGAGCAAAAGAAAGUCGCAGAAGCGCCGGUUCUCGGCUUCUGGGUUGCCAGCAAAGACUUCUGUGUCAAAUGCGGAGCAUGGGUUGGAGUCCAGGACUGACUUUCGAACAGUCGAAGAUGGCAAGGGCUCCACUAAGGCAAGCUCCUCAAAGGAUUCAGUGGCCACGGGAGCUGAGAAAGAGCCGGCUGACACGGUGGCCAAAAAAGCCCAGAGGUCGACAGCCAGUCAUUCCGAAGCAAACUCCCGACCGCCACGGCGCAGGAAAAGCACCACCAAGUACAAGGGCCGCGCAAUCAAAGUGACGGCUCUGCAAGAGGCUCCCAAAGAUGGUCCGGUUGGCCAUGACCAAGCGCCCAGCUCAGCUAGCAGCAACCCCGUCGCCAGGUCGGCUUGCCAACCAACGGCGGCCACAGCGAUUCCGGCUCUUCCAAAGCACUCGGGUUUCGAAGGCUCGACUGGCCAGAGCCAGUCAUCUCAGGUCAAGCCUUUGACCAGUUCUCUGGUGGUGGAGAAGCAGGACUUUCCAGAAAAAGUGCGUCUGUGCGAGGCCCCGGCCGCAGCCAAAGCGGAUCCGGGCCUCGGGUCGCCCGUGGUACUUGUCAGCCAGGGGGACGCCUCGCAGCGCAAGUCAUCCAGCGUCUUCACCACCGGUUUCACCGCAAUGACGAGAAUGCUACGAAGUCCGAGGAACACCGCAUUCGCCGAGAAGAAAUCAUUCAUGCGAGAAGCAUUUGUCACCUUGGGAGUUGGGGUGCUCUUGAUUGCCGCCGUCGCUGUCGCACUACUGCUUCUGACUUCGAGGAAAUUUAAUGACCGCCGCGGAGACUUGUGCAUUACCGUAGACUGCCAAUUACAUUCACUACUUCUGACCAACGCACUGAAUCACAACGUCGACGCUUGCGAAGACUUCCACGCUCACGUAUGUUCCAAGUGGUCACCAUCAGGCGAGAGGAGCCAAUUACGGGACUUCGAUGGGUCCAUCAUGGAAGACAUGGUUUUUUCUUGGCUAUUCCGGAUGAAGGAGACCCUGCGGGAAGGCGCUCUUACAUUCCCCGUCGGUCGGAAGGCCUUGUUCAUGCUUGAGUCCUGUAUGGGCAGUCCUUCCGUGUAUGGUUCCGCGCUAACACAAUUUCGCAAUUUCUUAGAAAGUCGUGACCUGUCCUGGCCAGAACCGGUAAACAGGCAGGUUGAUGCAUUGCACGUCCUGAUCACAAUGGCUUACCACUGGCACAUCGAGUUCUGGCUGUCCUUGCGAAUCACGACUCUGUACAACGGAACGACAACAUACAAAAGGCGCAUCGAAAUUACACCCGCUCCAAGUCUCCGCUUCUACCUCCAACACCACCGCAGCGUAAACAAGUCCGGAGGAUACGUCACCUACUGGAGCCAGUUUUACCAGGUAUUCACCAGUAGUAGCCCAGUCGACGGCGAGCGGCAAGCCUCAGAAGCAGCUCGCUUAGAGGUCGAUGUGCUCGAGGCCCUCAAUGACGCCCUUCACGUGUCGCCGAUAGAAGCUACAAGGUUCCUUCUUAGCGAAAUAGAAGUGUACACGCCGAGCGUAGCUUCGACCCGCUGGCUGGAGUGCCUCCAGACCGCCACCAAGCUGGUGCCUGCACUGAAGAAUCAGGACGAAGUGGCAGUCAGCAAUGUAAAGUUUCUCCUUACAGUGGGUGAGCUUUUCAGCAACUACACGAACAAGCAGAUUCUGUCAUUCCUGUCCUGGCAAUUCGUCGAGCAUUUCGGCCCGGUUGCUGACAGCCGUCUACUUUUGGCGAGGUACGGAGACCAGAGGACAGCGGAUAAAUUAAGACCCGCAUAUUGCGGCUUCCACGUCGAGACAGCCUACAAACUGAUGCUGCUCUCAAUGCAGUUCACGCUUCGAAUUACGAAGGCUGAUCAGCAGCAGAUUAACCGAGGCUUCGACCGUAUGCUGUUGAAUGCAAUUCGAUUGGUUAACGAGACUAAGUGGCUAGACUCAAAGAGUAAAGACUCCAUGGCGGCAAAGUUUGAUGCGCUUCAGUUGGCGGUGUGGCCUCCAGCCAUGUUUCUUACCAACGAAAGCCUGGAAACCAUAUACCAGACGUAUCCCGAACACGAGACAACGUUCGGUAGCUACUGGAUCAAGUCUAUUCGGAGUCUGCGCGGUGCCAAAAAAGAUUCCCUUUAUAAGGAUGCGCUGAGGUUGCCGAUGAACUACGCGCAACCUUAUUUUGUGUAUGACUAUUUGUUGAACAGCGUUCGCGUGGCUAUUGCUGCCAUUGACCACCCACUGUAUUACAGCAAAGGCACAAGCGCCAUGUUCUACGGUGGACUUGGUUUCUCUCUUGCUUUAGAAAUAGUCAAAGCAAUCGACCGAGAGGGCCUCCAAUGGCGUCCGGAUGUAGGCGUGGUCACCUCAAUCAUCAGCAAACCCUCGAAGGCUGCAUUUGAGGAGCGAGAGAACUGCCUUAAAAACAGCGAUGGCAAGAACAGUUUGUUUCCAGAGAUCCCGGCACUGCAACUUGCUUACUCCACCUUUCUUGAUACCACAAAAGAAAGUGAGACAGACCGUCCUAUUAGCAACAACUUUACAGAAACUCAGGUAUUUUUUCUCACCCUAUGCUACAUGACCUGCGGCCUAAAAGGUGUUAUUAAUCCCUUCUCGGCCAACUGUAAUAAGCUUGUCCGAAACUCUGUUGCCUUCGCCAACGCCUUCGGCUGCCCGCCAGGAUCCAAGAUGAAUCCUCUGCAGAAGUGCACAUUUUUCGGGUAAAUCAAGUUAGCUUUAGUAAACUGUUGCAUUUAGGUCGUUUAGAAAGGGAACCGUGAGACUUUGCCUUAUACCGAUAUUGUUAAGUGUGCAAGAUUGACCUGGCUGCUUAAUGGUGCUUUGAUAUUGUUUUGUGGGCUCCUUUUCUCCUAUUUUCAAGAUGUUGCCGUAUUUCGCACUAGCAAUUCAAUAACCGUUACAUUGAAGAGGAUAUUGAACUGGACACUUACACAAUAAACGUUUUUCAAGCGCACGUUUUAAGAGUUUUGCAAUAUGCACCACAGCAGAGCGCUUUUACUAGAUGUUUCAUUUUCCCCCUUAUUUUCGAUUAUAUCUACCUUCACUUUCUUUGUGUCUGUUCAUGUUCUGGACUGCAAAAUUACAGCCAGUUCUUUUUCGUUCAGAAGCCGCGCCCAUCCGCUCUGUUAGCACGUUUCCGUUCUCUUGUGUGAUCGCACAUUAUGAAACAAGGCAUGUUUUGCUUAGGAGUUUCACAUACAUGUUUUAUAUGUCUAUUGUCAUUCGCAUUUGCUUAAAGUGUUGAACUUUUGUGAUUCCCCACUUGAAGUUAUUACCAAUGUCUUUGAAUAAAGCAG